AUGAAUCCAUUCACUUUUGAUAAUUCAAUACCACCACUGAAAAGAGUAAAAGAAAGACUAGUAGGAGAUGCAAUACUCAAAGUAAAUUAGUGGAAAAUGAUUCUCCUCAAUGGGAUUCCUCAAUCUGAUGGUAGUACAAUGAGAUUAACCCUAAAUAAAGCAGCUGAGAUAAUAGGAAUUCCUAAAAAAAGUUUAGAAGAUUAUAAUCAACUAUUUAAAAAAGUUUAAUUGCUGACAGAUGUAAAUCAAUUUGCAAAUGAAAAAAUGGGAGUACUUAGAAAUUAUUUAAGAAAAAAUUCGAAAAGACUCAAAAAAUUAUUAAAAAGUUAGAAAGCCUAAGAAAAUAUUAAAACAAAAUAAAAAAAUAAAAAUUUAGAAAAUUCUGGUUUACAAGGUCAAUCAGAUAUAAUUGAUUAAGAUUCUAUCAAAUAGAAUGAAGUAAUUAACGAAAUUGGAUAACAUUCAAUGUCAAAUUAAUCAAAUUUUUAAAAAUAGGAUGAAACUUCAAUGAUAAAAUUAGAAGAGGAGUGUAAUAUGUUUGAAGAAUUUCAAAAAGAUUAUGAAUCUGACUUAGAAAGCAAUCCCUCCCCCCUUGGAGUAAAUUUCAUAUUCAGAAAAAUGCAAAUAGAGUGUCGUCAACAUUUUGAAUAAUUUUGA